GAGAGCGGCUGAGUGAGCAGUACUCAACGUCAAAGGAGGCAAAAAUGCUGAAAAAACUCUUUAACAUCCUGGCUUUUAUUACUAUUGUCAGUUUGCUAUAUUUUGUUGUGUUUCUAUUCUUCAGCAAAAAAAACACUGUAAUUUUUUUUGCAAAGCCACAUCGUAUACCAAAUGGGGACGACACACUUUCCCAGUGGAUAAAUGAACACGUUAAACUGACGACUCAAGCUCCAAAUGCAGGCCAAGAAGAGACACAGGUGCCACCGACUUUGGGAACCUGCCCUGACACCCCUCCAAAUCUUGUAGGUCCACUCCGUGUGGACUUCAAUUCAACUUGGACUUUGGAUGAGGUGAGAAAGGAGGUCAGUGCCCCUCUUCAGGAAGGAGGACAUAACAAACCACCAGACUGUAUCGCCCAACAGAAGGUGGCGAUCAUCAUCCCAUUCAGAAAUCGGCAUGAGCACCUUAAGCACUGGCUGUAUUACCUCCAUCCUAUUUUGAUUCGCCAGCAGUCGGACUACAGAGUGUAUGUCAUCAACCAGGAUGGAGAGGGAGUGUUUAACCGGGCCAAACUGAUGAACGCAGGCUACGCUGAAGCACUGAAGGAAUAUGAUUUUGACUGCUUUGUCUUCUCUGAUGUAGAUCUGGUUCCUAUGGAUGACCGUAACCUCUACAGAUGUUUUGACAGUCCUCGACACUUGGCUGUGGCUAUGGACAAAUUCAACUUUCACUUACCCUAUGACCACUACUUUGGUGGGGUUAUUGCAUUGUCCAAGGAGCAGUUCUUGAAGAUUAAUGGCUUCUCGAACACUUACUGGGGCUGGGGUGGUGAGGACGACGAUAUGUAUAAGCGAAUUAUCUACAGUGGAAUGUCCAUUUCUCGACCUGACUUGGUGACAGGAAAGUACAGGAUGGUCAAACAUAAGAGAGACGUGCACAAUGAAGCUAACCCAAAGAAUCCUGGCAAACUGCUCAUAACCCAUUGGAAAAUGAAAAAAGAUGGGAUUAAUACAUUAAAGUAUACAGUCAAGGAGAUUGUGAAGGAUAUACUGUACACUUAUAUCACUGUGGAUAUUAAUGCUCCGCUAAGAUAAGUGAGGAUCGAACAUGUGAGUUCACUGGUGUCACAGUGUCAGACUGAAACAAAAGGAGGUGGAACUGGUGUGAUUUUAUGUCCUUAAAAUCUCUGGGAAUCCAGUUUGUCAAGUCUGUCUUAUUUAACCAAGGGCAGGUGUGUGUCUUUGUGUUGAGUUAUGCAAAACCUUUGAACGUGUGUGUGUGUGUGUGUCUGUGUGUGUGUAUGUAUCUAUGUGUCAAUGUGAACUAAAGUAAAUGUAAACUUUAUGAAUAUGAAGUGCAGAGUUUCUUUCGAUCCUUGAAUGGCGAAGAUUACUUUCAAAAUAGAGCAUGAAAUAAUCUAUACAGUAAUCUCUCACUGCUUUGCAUGUAAUUCAUUCUACGCCCUAGCCUACGCACAUGGCCCACGCCACUGUGAGCAUUUUCACCUAGUCUGGGGCCAUUUAGUGGCCGUUUUGGUAAGGAACCGGAACCAGGGUGAGAGAGACAGGAUCUGGAAUUCGAUGGAUGCGCCUUUCCGUCAAAAUAAAAGCACCAAGCUAAUAAAAAUGCAGUGAAACUUUUUAAUUUAAAGAAUAUAAUUUACAAGAAAAGCCCCAAGCCAUUAAGUUAACCUUUUUGUUUUAUUGUAAAUCAAUGGUGCGCCAGAAUUUAAAGUUUUACUUUGGUGAAUUUGAUGAAUUCCGGAUCCGCUCUUUAGACCGGAACCAGAAUCCAGACAAAAUUUAGAGUGAAUGGAAACCAGGCUCUUCCCUGUACGUGAAGAGCCUGGUGAGGCGAGGCUAAUUUUCACCUGUGCAGUGGUGUUUCUGUGUCACUCUGCAGUUACACCUCCAAAACAGCGGUCGGCAGCAGGGUUUCUGUGAAGUGCUGUAAAGUUUAGCUGAUUCAAAACACACCCAAAACACACAUUAAACACACAUUAAACAUGGCUUAAUAGAGACAAUCUCAAACACAAGUACACAAAUCAGCUUCACUAUAACUCACAGCAUUCACAGACAAACACUUGACUUUAUCUAGACACAUUUUCCCAACAUGCUAGCGUUAUUAGCACAAGCCUAUGGCAUUUUACAUUGUAUAAAUUAGCCUAGCAGCUGGCAAACUUUUCCUCUUCUCAUAUAAAACCAGGGACAACAGCAACAUUUAACAAAGGUAGCAUUAUAAAAUUUGGCCCCAUUACAACUCACAAGGUUCACUGACAAAACAACUGUCUAAUACUAAACAUGUUUUCCAAACAAAUAUAACAUGCUAACGUUAUUUUACACUGUAUAAAUUAGCCUAGCCUAGUUUGUUUGGCCAAUGAGAUGAAAGCUGGUUUUAUAUUUUGUUCUCCUUUACACAGUAUUUUCUAAUUUCCAUGUAGUCAUUGUAUUGAUUUUGCAUCAAGGCAUUUGUUGUUACUGUACAGUGCAAUAACAAUGUAUAUUUAUUUUGUACUUGACAUUACAGUUACUGUUAAUCCACACUGUAAAUAUGGGACAUACUGGAAAGUGUGAUGAAAUCAAUCAGGGAAAAUUAAUUUUGGUGGCAGUGAUGCAGUGACUGAUGUUUACUUUUCCUUUUUUGAAGAUGAAUUUCCUGCUUUAAGUUAUUUAUCAUGUCAUUUUGCAAUUAAAUAAUGUUCUGCAAAACUGA